UAGAAGGAUAUCCUUGCUCACAAUUUUGCUUCCACACUCGAACUAGGAAAGAAACAACCAAGCAUACUACUAUUCAUACUUCUAUCACAAUGAGUUUCUCCCAGGAAUCGUCCCUUCUUUCCGAUCACUUGGUGGCCCGAAAUGAUGGCACCAUGGAGCUCUUGUUGGACAUGAGGCCGUCCUGCAAUGUUGCUGACUUUGUGGAAGCACUUCGCUCUUGCAGCCAUCACAUUUCUUCUGUUCAUGUUCACAAGCUCUUCUUGAAAAACUUGUCAGAGAAGGAGGAGUCUGACAUCUUUGAUUGCCUCCACAACCUCAGGGAGAUUCACGCAUCCUUUGUGUCUUUGCCCGUGAGACUCUUGGCCAACAUGAUGCUCCGAUCUUCCAAGCACUUGCAAGUCCUCAGCCUGGACCGCAUCGUGCUCUUGUCUUCAGAUGACAACAGCCAGGAUGAUGCCAUCUUCUUCUCGGCACUUCAAGGAUUGGAAGCUCUGCAAGACUUUCACUUCAGCUUGUCCACGACAGCCAUCGCACCGGAAGGUCAAAAGCUGUUCUUCCAGGUGGGCGAUGAAUUUGAUACCCUCUUCCAAUCUCUGUCAGGCAUCCAGACCUUGAAGAAGAUCUAUGCGUCUAUUGGCCAGAAUUUUGCCCACAACAGUGAUAUCCAGCCCCAGACACUGGAAUCACUCCUUCACAACUCGUCCGUCACAGACAUCACUUUGGUGCAUUUUCCCUUGCACAAGGAACACUGUCAAGCCAUUGUGUCUUCCAAUGUCUCUCUCGAUUCAUUGUCUUUGGUCAAGGCCAACCUGGGAGACGAAGGAGUUUCCAUCCUAGCAGACAGUCUCGCAAAGAAAGGACUCUCCUUUUUGCGGACCCUCAGUCUUCCCGGCAACAAAUUGACAGAUGUUGGCGGUGCCAAGAUUACCAGGGCUCUUUCGAACAAGACGUCCUUGGCAGUCCUUGACUUGCACGCAAACCAAUUCACCCACAAGUUUGGUCUGGAACUGGCACACAUGUUGACAAACAACCAGACUGUCACAUUUGUGGAUUUGUCCAGCAACCAAUUGAAGGAUUCUGGCGUCAAGCCCAUUGUCUCGGCACUACACAACAAUACUACCUUGAAGCAAAUCAACCUGUUUGACACAGCCUUGACCAACCGUUCCUGCGAGGCAUUUGCCAGCCUUUUGCGUGUGAACACUACCCUGAAGCGAUUGAAUCUGUACAACAAUGAAAAGAUGGAUUCCAAGGGAGUGGAUGCCUUGGCAGAAGCCUUGAAACAUGACAACUACGACCUGGAACGUCUCGAAAUUUCAAAAACGAACAAGGGGGCCUCUGCAUUGGACAUGUACUUGCGGUUGAACCGCGAAUACGGUCGUCGUGAAAUGUUGUCUCAACUCGAGACAAAGGAAGUGGAGUAUGUCAAUGGAAUUCAUGAGGCGGUUGCCAAGAAUGAUUUGAGUUCCAUCUACUUCUUCUUGCAAGCCAAGCCUUCUCUCUGCUGCUAAGCAGCCAGGCAACCGACUGGGCAUACAUGCAUGUCCGGGAAGAGGCAGCUUUGAGCGAUUAUUGCACAUCUACAUGACUUUGUAUUGAAUGUAGCUUAUAAUGCAUAAAUAUUAGAAUCAACCAACAGAAUUCGAAACUUUCACCUUCUCAUCAUAGUUUCAUUGGCAAUAGUAGACCACAGCAAUGGUGAUGGCUCCUGCA